AUGCCUUUAACGACACCGGUGCUCACCGUGGACGCGGAUAAUAUUCACAAGGUGGAUACCGCCAACGCACAAAGCCUUCAUGGCAUGUGGAUGGUCUUCUCGAAAUGUGCCGACUACAUGGACCAGGGCCGUCGCCUAGAGAACCUCAGCUGGCGUUUGUGGACACGUGAAACCUUCUGUGUCGAGCCCGGGAAAACCAACAGAACCUCCGCAUUGCCUUUACUUCGAUCGGAGAACGGAGAUCUGCCCGAACUUUCCGCCAGUGUGGAAUCGGCUGCCUCCGACCAGGCCGAGCGGAUCGAAGCUCACAUUAAGCGCCCCAAGUUUUCGGACUACCGACCUGCCGUGGUCCGCGAGGACUCAAUGGCCAGCCUUGGCCGUGGAAAGGAGAAGCACAUCACCUCCCUCGACCUCGAGCGAAUGGUCCUCAACAUCAAGGAAAAGAAGCACCUGGAGCCUAUGAGCCCUCCCGUCGAGCCAGCCGCCCCCGUCGUUGACAUCACUCCCCGCCCGUCGACCUCCACGCCCACUCCCCCCACUGCUCGACGAGUUCCUCACUUCACUCGACCCACCCCAUACCCCCACGAGUCUACCGAGUCUUGCUCAACCACUGCACCCGAGGGCAACGACAGCGAUACCGCACAGGUCAACCACGCCUCUGACACCAGUGUCUCGUCUUCGGGAGUACUUCCCAGUCGACCCGAGAUGAUCAAGUCUCCCAGCAUUGUCCGUGGCUUCUCGCCAUCGCAAAUCUCAUCCUCGUUCCGAUCGCAACCACGACUCUCCAUUGAUCCUAGCCCUUCUCGUUCCGCCACUCAGAUGCGGCCAUCCCCGUUGAAGAAGAAGGGCGGCAUGUUUACAUUGGGCGGAUCUUCUGGAGAUGACGACGAGAGCUCUUUUGAAGAGCGUAUGGCUCCUCAGGUGGCUCAGGAGAAAGCGACCGGUGGAUUAAAGCCCAAGAAUGGCAACCCCAACUCUACGAAAAAGACGGCUUCUUUCAGCAACCAGGUCUCCUCUCACGUUAUCCCUAACUCUGAUGAUAUCAGUGCCGACGAAGACGCCAUCGAGACGGAUGAUGAGGUUUCGGAAAGUGCGAUCGAGGAUGAUGAGGAUUCUGAUUGGGAGGACUCUGUGACAGAGGGUGGCGAGUCCAGCGUCGAUGAACGUGGAGAGAUGUUCCAGCGGGUUGACUCCCGGCCCAAUCUUGUGUCUCGUCGGUCGAUGCUCACUAUGAUGAUGCACCAGCCAACCCGCAUGCAAGGAAACGCAUUCCGGUCCAGUCCCGCCCUCCAGCGAUCUCGAUUGACAUCACCCAACGGCCCGUCUAUCCCCCAGUCCACCCCAAGCAAGGAUGAGGAAAGCUUGACCAUGCGUGGCCCCGAUGUUCCUCGAUCCAAGCCCAUUGGCAUGAAGCCUGGACCCGGACAAUCUAUGGCUCAUUCCCCACGAACCACUCGUCGCAACAUGCUUGCCACUGAAUUGACUGAAUCCCUUCGCCGACACCUUCUUUGGGAACGCCAGCAGAAGAGCGCCACUGCCAAUGCCUUCCUCAAGCGUCGUCACACCGCCCACGACAUGAAGAAUCUUCAGGAAUAUCCCGGUCCCAAGGGACCCCACAAGGGUGUUGGUCCGAACCAGUCUAGUGCAGAGGCAGACCCCAACGCCGCCAACUUCGACCUGGGCAAGAAUGGCUCCUGGACCAACUACACCACUGACUACGGUCCAUGGGAAUACCAUGUGAAGGGAUGGUAG